CAGAGUAGCUCAGUCAGGGGCUACCGCCUCCAGGCUCCAUGGGUCGCCCACCUCUGACAUCCCUGCUUCUGGCCUCACCCUGACCUAUUUUGCUUUUCGGAAUAACAAAAAUGUCUGAGUACUUGAGAAGUGUCUCAGGAGAGGUGAAGACGUGCCAGAGGCUAGACCCCUGCCCAUUCCCGGCCCCACAUGGGGCUAGCUUUAACUGGCUUCAGUCCGGCCGGGUCAGCCUUAAGGAGGAGGUUACACAUCAUUAGAGAGCCUGACUUAGCCCCAGGCGCCAGGGAAGGUCCUCAGAUGGCCUUGGGGAAACUGGGGCAGAGGAGUGAGAAGCUGAGGGGGCACAGACUGAACCCCUUCUGAGGGAGGAGGACUGGAGCCUGGACUCCUGGGUCUGAGGGAGAACAGCUGGCGUCUGAACCCCUGGAUCUGGGGAGGAAGGCUGUGAGCCUAGAACGCUAGGUUAGGAGGAGGAGGACUUUGCAAACUGGGCUCCUAGUCUGAGGGAGGAGGGCCCCCGGGGUUCGGAUCCUUCCUCUAACACACCCUCUCUUAAAUGCCUGAUGACUUGUCCCACCCCUCCACCCCCAGUUAACCUGGAUCCUAGGAACAGCGACCCAGUCACCCAAACCUUAGGGUUAGAGAAGACACAGACACAGGACAGAGACGCGCUCAGUGGCAGGAUGGAAGCGGAGGGGUCCCAGAACUCUGAGGAGCUGCCACCGCCUGCACAGUCCCCACCACCACCGCCGUCCCCAAGGUCUCCCUUGUCCCCGGAGACUCCUGAACUCCCAGAGCCCAAGGCGCCCACCGAGGUCGAAGCCAGGCAGCUGCUGCUGGAAGAAUGGGGACCCCUGAGCGGGAAGCUGGAGCUGCCACCGAGCCUCAGCUGGAGGCUGCUGUUCCUGGAGCGGCCGCUCUACCGCAACCUGCUCAGCUCACCCAACCCCGAAGGCAUUAAUAUCUACCAGCCGGCGCCCCCUACGGGUCCCACGCGGAAGCCCCUGACGGACCUGGGUAAUUUCCGUGGAUGGUACAUUACUACUGAGAACCUGCAGGGGCCCCUCAGCUGGACCGUGAAGGAGCAAUGUGUGAACCUGCUGGCCAAGAAGCUUUGGGAAGAACUGCUGGAUGAUGAACAACCUGACAUCACCAUCAUGGACUGGUUCGAGGACAGCCGCCUGGACCAGUGUGUUUAUGAGCUGCAUGUCUGGUUGCUAGCAGCUGACCGCCGCACUGUCAUUGCCCAGCACCACGUGGCCCCUCGGACCAAUGGGAGAGGUCCCCCUGGCCGUUGGGUUCAGGUGUCCCACGUUUUCCGCCAAUACGGUCCUGGAGUGCGCUAUGUCCACUUCCAGCACAAGGCCAAGAACCGCAUGGAGGCUGGUGGGCUGCGGAGGACAAGGGUGACCGACUCCUCAGUGUCUGUGCAGCUCCGGGAGUGACUACUGACUGUCUAUCAUGACCCUUUGGAAGUCCCUGGUGUUUGUCACCUCUGAGCCCUUAGCAUUUCCAUGAUACUACUGCUUCCUGCCCCUCCCUAUGUGUGUACUUAGCCAAAAUCUGACCCGUGCUCACCCCUGAUCCCUCCUUACCUCCCUGACCCCUCUUCACCCCAACUCUAUUCACCCCUGAUCCCUCCAUACCCCCUGACCCCUCUCCUCACCCCCGCUCCCUCCUAA